AUGUCUUCCGACUUUUUGGUCGUCCCUACAAUUCUGGUCACUGGCUCCCUUCACUUCGUCCAGGUUCACCAAGAUGCUCGAGCCCACGAUGUUAUUGACGCUGCGCUGAAGUUGGAAGGAGUCAGAGAGGAGGUCCUUGGCGAUCUCGAUGAUAUGGGUUGGGCCCUGCAACAUAUACGGACGGAACAGUCUGGUCGUACUUGGGAAGAGGACGAACUUAUGAACCUUGGAGACGGCAUAGUGCAGAGUAGUACUGCAAUCGCCCCUCUCGUGAACGCUCCUCAUCUCAAGAGCGAAUCUGGGAUCCGCCAUUUCUCUGCAUUUCCUAAUACCGCCCAUCUACAUCAACCGGUCCUUCGAUUGGUCUCCCUCAACCCGUCCCUAUCGCUCUCUGUUCGCUUUCAACGCGUCCCCGAGAUACACGAUGAUUUCGAGUACAAACUGUUCAUUUCAAGGAGCACUACCGUCCUCGACCUUGUCGAAACCGUGAUGGAAGAACUGGGUCUACCCAAAUCAAUACCUAUUCCAGGUGCAGGGAACUUGGAGUAUGUCCUUGAGGAAGUCUGGACAGAUGGGCCGUUGCAAAAGGCCACUCGAAUGCCUGGUUCAGCCAACUUACAUGAGCUGCUGAAAUUCCAUUUCACUCCAAAUCCUUUCAGUCCCGCAGCAACACGGAGCUUCACGUUCUGUGUACCUGAGGAAUGGUACCGUCGCUCCAAGUCACGUAACGUCUCUGCCAAUUCGACAGAACCAUCAGAAUCUACGCUACGACGGCUCGCUUCUCUUCAAGAGUCAGACGAGAGUGAGGAAGGCGAGGAAGGUGAUGGUACAGCCAAAGCCGCCAACUCUCCGCAGGUGCAGCAGGCAGGUAGCCCGAAGCUCGUCGAGCAACGCGGCUUGGUGACAUCCCGUCGUCUCUCAAGCAUGUUCGAUGGAUGGCUGUAUUCGUCGCCCCCGUCAACCCCUGAGAGACGCGACUCUACUGUUUUAGCAGAGAAUAGGAAGAGUAUUGUGAGCGAGCCCAAGUUGGUGCAGCAAACGCAGGACAACCUGCUGUACCGGAGCAACUCAGCCUCUUCAGAUGAGCCAGGCACCCCUUCCGACUUUGACGAACAGUUCGAGGCCAUGUUGGACGAACUGGGCUUGAAGGAAGCAAAACGCGUUGCGAUGCGAGCAUUGCCCACUCCUCGCAAGCAAUAUCUCUUGCGGCAGAAUCAAGAGUUUCGUUUAAGCUCACAAGCAGGGCCAUCUUCUCCCACCCCCUCCCGCCAUAAGCAUCAGCCCUCAUAUUCGCAAUCCUACGGACCUGCUAGCGCCGGCGCUCUCCUUCCCCGCCUAGUACCCCAGCUUACUGGUGAUGCUGGGAUAAUGCGCCGUUUCUCUCUUACUGGUUGGGGCUCUUUGGCGUCCGACUCCACUCACACGGAACAGAGCACAGAGUCCAUCAGCGGCCAUGUCAACGAUAUGAACCGCCUCCCUGACACUUCUUCUACAUCUGCCGAAGAACAGGAAGAAGCGCAACCCCUGCAGCCUCAAACCACUGGAGGACUAUGGAGUAGUUGGUGGACUUCAUCGGGUGGCGACAAGUCGACUACCGAUAAGGCCAAGAAACGCGAAUCAUCCAACACCGCAAAGUCGUACAUCGCGUCCAUUCAAGGAUGCAAGACGCCAGAUAUGAAGCUGGUUAAGCACCUUAUCAGCCUGCGAGUCCAUCUGUCUACAGCGAAGGUGGCAUUCAUCGAAGAGUUCGUGGUUGCUGAACGGGGCCUUCAAGUGCUGGGCCAGUUGCUAGCGGCAAUGGUUGGGAAGUCUGGGAAGAGGAAGCGCCUGACCGAGAUGGAAACCACUGUGUUGACAGAGUUGAUCAAGUGUUUCCGAGUCUUGCUUAAUAUGGAGAUUGGCUUUAACGAAGUCUUGACCUCCCCGACUGUCAUUACUCACAUAUCCUAUUCCCUCCACACUCUGUCGCUAAAGGUCCACACCCUAGCCGCUGAGCUCCUGGCAGCUAUAUGUAUCCUCUCGCUAAACGGGGGUCACAAAGCAGUCCUAUCGGCUCUCUCUGACUUCAAGGUCGCCUAUGAAGAAGACUUCCGAUUUGAAACCCUCAUUUCCACCCUUCGUCUACCGGAUAUCGACGUCGAAACGGAAAGUGACAGCGGAGGUGGUUUUGGGAACGAAGAAGAUGGUGUCUGGGAAGCACGAACCGCGUCCAUGGCGCUCAUCAAUGCUUUGACGAAUUGCCCUGAAUCGCUGGAGGAGAGGAUCAUGCUUCGAGACGAGUUCUCGCGGAGAGGGUUGAAUGAAAUCAUUGUGACUCUGCGCUACAUCAAACCCCCGGAUUCCUUACUCACACAGCUAGACGUAUACACGGAGGAGAAAUUCGAGGAUGAAGAGGACAUGCGGGAGAGAAUACGAAACUCGGUCAUGCGUGGCUCGACUGGCCACGAACGGACGGGGUCAGAUUCAGAAGUCGUCCUCCAGGACUUAAUUCUGCUUGCGAAGCAGCACGGAGACCUGUACCCGACUAUGAUCGACAUCCUGCGGCAUUAUAGUGAUUUACUUCAACGAGAAGUCGGGAUACAACUCAAAGCUGACCUACUCACAAUUCUGGACCGUUUCGUCGAGCAGGCUGCUAAGUUGGAAAACUUCAAUGAUAAUUGGCAUGAUUUCCUCAAACGAUUUGCUGCAUCUGUGGAGCACAUUACGGGCCAAGAACUCGAAGUCAAGGCUGCCGGGGAGACCUCUGAUAAGGUCGUCGAAGAGGAGCUCGAAUCCCUGCGUAACCAGGUUGAGGAACUGAGCGAGGAGCGGACUACACUUCGGGAUGAGCUCAAUCAACGGAUAGCGGAGAUGAAUACCUUGAAGUCUUUGCCUCCUUCCAUUCCAUCCCCUCAAGGUAAACCGGUUGGAAAGGGUGGAAACGAGAACUUCCACGGUUUGGUCCAGCGGCUAGUACAGAAGGAGAAACAAGUCCUUCAAUUGCAGACUGAACUCGAGCGGUUCAAAGUUCAGAACCCUGAGGGACGCGAUGCGGACGAGAGAGCCAAACGGGAGCGAGAUAAGAUUAAAUGGAAUACGCUUAUGGAGGAGAUUGCUAAAUUGAAGCAUAAGGUCGCAGAACUAGAGACCACGCUCGGGAGGAAAGACAAGGAAAUCUCCUACCUUAAGCGUGCACUUGAAUCUGUGUACCUGCGCUUCUCUUCCCGCGAGGAGUCCAAAGAAGAAUCCAGGAACGGGGAUGUUGAUGCCGAAGCCAUUGCUACCCGGGCCAUUGACCGCCUAACACAGGCGGAAGAAGAGAUCGCUGCUCUCAACGUUCAGAUAUCGGACCUGAAGGCUCAGUUAACAGUGAAGCCGAAGAGUGAACAGGAGUUCAAGGUCAAGUCGCCACCACCUCCGCCGCCUGUAAAACCACGACAGAGCGCACAAUCACCACCUCCGCCCCCUCCACCACCCCCUCCACCCCCUCCAGCGCCGCAUAUGUCCAUGGCACCUUCGAUAUGCUCGAUGCCUUCGCCACCACCUCCACCACCUCCGCCACCUCCGCCACCUCCCAUUUUGUUUUCCAGUGGGAAAACAGCACCCCCUCCUCCUCCUCCUCCACCUCCACCACCACCACCAUCUACGUUGCCCGACGGCAAAGGCCCUCCGCCUCCACCACCUCCACCUCCUCCCCCGCCUGCUCUCGGGGGAUCCGGACCUCCACCACCCCCACCUCCUCCAGCACCUGGUGGAUGGAGACCGUCGAAACUCAAGGUCGUCCGUCCAGCGAAGAAGCUGAAGCCCUUUUUCUGGAAUAAACUGGCCAAGCCUUCCCUCGAGGCAACCAUCUGGAGUGACCUCUCUGCAGACCUGCCAUUCGAUCUAUCAGACCUGGAAAGCACUUUCAUCGUGGACAAUACUCCCGCAACUCCCUCGCAAAUCACUUCCCCCAAGAAGCAGAAUGUGACCACCGUCUUGGAUAUCAGUCGGGCAAACAAUAUUGCGAUCAUGCUUUCGAGGAUCAAGCUAGACUUGCCUUCGAUAUGCCGGGCCAUCCUGGAACUGGAUGACCGGCUGCUCUCUGUUGAUGAUCUGAAGGCUAUUGGGAAGCAACUGCCCACUCCGGACGAAAUUGAACGUAUCAGAAUCUUCGACAAUGUAGAGAAGCUAUCCAAAGCCGACCAAUACUUCUCUCAGAUUAUGGAUAUCCCUCGUCUUCCCGAGCGACUGGAGUGUAUGGCGUUCCGCCGGAAAGUCGACCUCGAGAUUGAAGAAAUCCGACCGGACCUGAACACUCUCCGGAACGCUUCUCGUGAGCUCCGAAGUAGCUCAAAGUUUAAAGCACUCCUUCAGGUCGUUCUGACGAUCGGUAAUUCACUGAAUGGUAAUACUUUCCGGGGUAACGCGAAAGGGUUUCAACUGGACUCAUUGCUAAAGUUGAAAGAAACGAGGACAGUUAAUGGGGGACCUCAUUGUCCAACUUUGUUGCAUUACCUAGCCCGUGUUCUGAUGAAGAAGGACCCUUCUAUCACCACAUUCAUUGAAGACCUUCCGAGCUUGGAGGCUGCCGCUCGAAUCUCUGUCCAAACGACUAUCCAAACGGUCAAUUCCCUGGUUUCUGGAUUCCAGUUGGUCCAGACCGAGUUGGAUCAACAUCAACGUUUGAAGUUGCCCCCAAACGAUCGCUUCGUGCAGGUGAUGCAGCGCUUCGUCAAGGAAGCAGGGCCGGCGGUGGACGCUUUGAAGAAUAUGGGCACGUCAGUGGAAGGCGAACUGCAGUCACUUCUCAGUUAUUAUGGAGAGGAUCCACAGUCCCCCGAGGCUCCUAAACCAGAGGAUUUCUUUGGCAUCAUCGCCUCGUUUUCGUCGUCGCUUCAGAAAUGUGCCCUCGAGGUCCAUGACGCGGAGGCGAAAUUGGCAAGCAAGGCACCCACACCUUUGGUGACAGUCGAGAAGCCAUCAGAAGAGUCUGACGAGGACAAAGGGACACUCAAGCCUCCUGGGAAUGCAACUGAGCAGGCUGGUCCUCCUUCGUCGUACUCGAGGGCAAACGCCCGCGAUAAGCUCUCCGUGGGCCGUGGGGACUUGGAUCAAGCGAUACGGAGCAUGCGUGAAGGGAAACGCAGAAAUCGGCCCACGCGACCCCUCAGCAAGAUAUUUUUUGAUGGAUCAAAUGCGACCGGAAGACGCCAGAGCAGGGUUUACGACGAGUGAAAGAGAGAAUGUAACCUUUACGAGUGUAUAUGACGAUCCAGUCCCCAACUACAUCAUUUCAGGACAUCAUUUCAUAUCCGGG